AUGUGCCGGUGUUGUGCGUCUGAAGGUCUGUUUAAGGACGUGAAUACCACGUAUCAUUGGAUGGGAGAGGAUGAGGUCUAUGCAGAUAUGUUACACUUUUGUUUUGAUAUAACCCUCGCUUCUGCUGAGGGCCAGAACAAUGGCGGUAUAUGCGAAGUGUGCAUUACGCAGCUACGCAACGCUGCCAAUUUCAAGAAGCAAGUGCAGCAUACCGAAGAACAAUUCAAAAAAAGACUGGCGGAAGUAAAUAGUUUUAAACCUGAAGUAAUAAAGGUGGAAAUGUCAGCAGAGGAUGGAGCCGAAUUUGACAACAAUUUAUCUGAGGACUAUCAAUCAGGGCCAGAGUUUGAAGUGCCAAUAAAAGAAGAGAGUCCAGAGCCAAAGCCCAGGAAGAGGGCAGCAAAAGCCACUACGUCCAAAGCUAAGAAGGCGAAAACCGACUCCGGCGAGACGUCCACGAAACGAACGGACGGCGACCCCCCCAAGCGCAGGAAAAGAAGAAAGAAAUCAACGGAAAGCGCGACGCCAGAGCGCAUAGAGCAUAGGGUGAACUUAACCGCAAUCCUCCAAAACUCCAACGCGAGCCCGUUCAGAGACAAGACUAUGCGCGGAUUCUCAUGCCUGUACUGCGCUAAAUACUUCCAGGACAUCGACGAACUCCGCUCCCACACUGCCCAGCAAUCCGAAAAAGAUAAAAUCAACUCCAUGAUCGAUUAUAAGCUCAGCUACAACCCAAUCAAGCUGGACAUCACGAACUUAUCUUGCAUCGUCUGCCACACCCAAAUGAAGGAUCUCAACGAUUUGAAAGACCACUUGGUUAACGUCCACAAUAAAACGAUUUAUAAAAACAUCAAGGAUAUAAUUCUACCGUUUCGUUUGGAGAACGGACAGAAUUUCACGUGCGUGAUCUGUUCCGUUGUACACAUAUCAUUCAAGAACCUUUAUCAUCACAUGAGCUCUCACUAUAGAAAUUAUUGUUGUAAGAAAUGUGGCGCGGGAUUCAUCACCAUCGCUGCCCUGAGGAAGCACGGGAAGACCCAUUACCAAGGUAACUUCCCUUGCGAUUUCUGCGACAAAAUAUACACGUCUCUGACUAAGAAACGCAACCACGAAAAGGGGGUACAUACGGGUGGGUGGUUGAGAAACAAAUGUCCCCAUUGCCCGGAAAUUUUCGUCAGUUAUUACGACAGGAGUGAGCACCUGGUCAAAGUGCACAACGAGACCCCCAUAGUCUACCCGUGCAAUGCGUGCAACAGAACGUAUAAAAAGAAGUUCGAACUGAAUCGGCAUAUCAAGCAUCACCACCUGCAGCAGAAGAACUAUCUGUGCGAUAAAUGCAAUGCGAAGUUCUUCUCCAAGCGUGGCCUAAUCGAUCAUAUGCUGCGGCAUACGGGAGCUGAGCUGUGCUCGUGCGAUAUCUGCGGGAGAUCGUUCUCGCGUGCGAGAACAUUACGGGAGCACAUGCGUACCCACGACGUUGACAAAAAGCUCCAAUGUGAUGUUUGCAAAAAGACCUUCGUCCAAAAAUGCAGCCUGAAGAGCCACGUGCGUCUCCAUCAGGACGAUCUGGAGAUCUUCAAAGAGUUCGAUGACGUCAAACAUUUAAUAGACAACAGAGAAAUGACGUUGAAGCAAAUAGCGGCUGAAAAUAAAAAGAAAGCAGAGGCGGAGAAGAAUAAAGCGCAAAUUUCGUAG